AUGUCCCCCAUCUUCAGGUAUCGCAGUGCUCUCCCCCUACACGGCACGCGCCCCCACCCCCGCCAACUCCGAAGUUUGGGACUGGCCAAGGUGCUGUGCGCAGACGCAAUGGACGCUACCAGUGGGACUAUUGUGCUGAUCCAGUCACCAGCCCUCCUCUCGGUGUCUCUAAGAGAGAGUGUCUCCAUCACCUGCACAGCACAAAAAGAUGUUAGUGAUUACUUAAGCUGGUAUCAGAAGAAACCAGGCUGGGCUCCUAGAAUGCUCAUCUAUGAUGCAGACAACAGAUAUCCUGGAGUCUCAGAUAGAUUUUCUGGGACACAGUCUGGAAAAGAAUUCAUUUUGACAAUCAGUAAUAUACAGGCAGAAGAUACUGGUGAUUAUUACUGUCAACAAGAUUAUGAAGUUCCUUCCAGGCUCACAUUCGGCUCAGGAACCAAGUUGGAAAUCAAGCGGAGUGAUACUAAACCAACAGUCAGCAUCUUUCCACCAUCUGCUGAACAGUUACAGGGCCAGAGUGGCACAGCCUCCCUAGUAUGUAUGGCAAAUAACUUCUACCCCAAAGAUAUCGAGCUGGUCUGGAAGGUGGAUGGUGUCAAGCAGGAAAACGGCAUCUCUCAGAGCUUCACGGAGCAGGACAGCAAAGACAGCACCUACAGUCUCAGCAGCACCAUGACGAUCCCCACAAGCACCUACAAUAGCCACAGUGUCUAUGCCUGUGAAGUCACUCACAAGGCGUUGUCCUCUGUCCUUGUGGAAAGCUUCAACAGGAAUUCAUGUUAG